ACUCCAUGGCACAACCUUAGGCAUGACCUGCUGCCAUCAAAGCCAAGGGGACAUUUACCAUGGGCUACGCUGGGAGCAGACCCAUGCGCAAUGCAGAAACAGAGGAUGGGAAAGCUGAUUGUCUGUGAUCUCGGGGGGUUCCUCUAUCACUUGUGCUUCCUGCGUUUCCUAACAGAUGCGGUAGUGACUGCUAAAGACUUCAUAUGCCAGUUACCACUGAAAUAAACUUGCGUGUAACUUUCCCUGGAGGAACAGACGAUUUUUGUGAUUGUUCUUGCGGUAUUUUAAAACUGAGAAACUAGUAGAGUCUCUUCAGCCGUCAUGAGUGACUGACAACUCGGAGUUUGUGUGGGGGUGUUUGGAAGCUACAAGCAGCUAACGCUCACGGCGUGGGAGCCCCCAGAUGGGACUAGAUCCACGCUCCGGUGCUCCUUAUGGGGUUGAAGUCAGUACCGAGGUGAGUCAUGGCUGUGCGAAAGGCUGUGACCUGUGCUCUGAGUUCAACGGGUGCCUGAAAUGUUCCCCCAAACUCUUCAUACUGCUGGAGAGGAAUGACAUCCGACAGAUCGGGAUCUGCCUGCCAUCCUGUCCGCUGGGGUACUUCGGUGUUCGCAAUCCAGACAUGAACAAGUGCAUCAAAUGCAAAAUUGAGAACUGUGAGGCCUGUUUCAGCCGAAACUUUUGCACAAAAUGUAAGGAAGGUUUGUACUUGCACAAAGGGAGAUGUUAUUCCACCUGCCCAGAAGGCUACUCUGCUGCCAAUGGCACUAUGGAGUGCAGCAGUCCUGCACAAUGUGAACUGAGCGAGUGGGGCCCCUGGGGCCCGUGCGCCAAGAAAAGGAAGCUGUGUGGCUUCAAGAAAGGCAACGAAGAGCGAUCGCGGAAGGUUCUGCAGGCUCCCUCUGGAGAUGUGUCCGUGUGUCCUGCCACGACAGAGCUCCGGAGAUGCACCGUGCAGAAGAACCAGUGCCCUGAAGGAAAAAGGAAGAGAAAGGAAGAGCAAGAAAAGCGAGAUAACACGAAUGGAAACAGAAACCAGAAAGACACCAAAGAUGCCAAAUCUGGCACCAAGAAAAGGAAAGGCCAGCAGAGAGGGACUGUGGUCCCCAUGACUCCUGCUAGCCCUGCUCAAUAGCUGCCCCUUUACAGUCACAUGAUGGCAAGAGUUCAUUGCUGCUAUGUAUAUGAAAGCUUUAUCGAACCGGAGCACUGCUACACAACGUACACAAUCAGAAAGAUAGACGGACAGACACAGAAACUACAUAUACACAUAAAGACUGACAGAGAUCACACACAUACGCAACACAGACUGCAAAGCGCAAACUUCUAAGAAGAGGAGUAAGAAAAUAUAAGAGAUGAAGCUUAAAUGCCAAGGACUUUACAAUGGGAAGCUGGGGAGAAAGUGUGACCAGAGUGGAGGGCAGUGAUGCAGAUAUUCCUGAUUAAAUGUCUCAAAUAGAAGUCAGCCAUGUAAACCCCAGCAUAACGCAGCUUCAGCCAGAGACUAGAACUGAUUUGCUACUAUUCCAAAUCAAAGGAUCUGGAAUCGCGCAAAGGCAGUGGCCUGUUUCUAUUCCCCCUUCCUUUAUUCUGUGUUUUAAGCUGUAAGAGAAUAUAUGUUAAACCUUUGUGAGAAGAGGUCAGAGAUGUCUGCCCUGAAAUGGCUUCAAAAAUUUAUUUCAAAUUAAAAAAAAAAUCCAACAAAAUGACAACCAAAUUUCCG